AUGGUAAGCCUAAAUAAAACAGACUUGACCCCAGUUUCAUUUAUUUUGCAUAGAGUUCCAGGACUGGAGGACAUGCACAUCUGGAUCUCCUUCCCAUUUUGCUCCAUGUGUGUGGCUUUGGUUGGGAAUUGUGGACUCCCCUACCUCAUCCACUACGAGAACUCCCUGCACAGGCCCAUGUACUACUUUUUGGCCAUGCUUUCCCUUACUGACCUGGUCAUGUGUUCCAGUUCAAUCCCUAAAGCACUCUGCAUCUUUUGGUUUCAUCUCAAAGAAAUUGGGUUUGAUGAGUGCCUGGUCCAAAUGUUCUUCAUCCACACUUUCACAGGGAUGGAGUCAGGAGUGCUCAUGCUGAUGGCCCUGGACCGCUAGGUGGCCAUCUGUUACCCUCUACGCUACUCAACCAUCCUCACCAACGCUGUCGUUGCCAAGGUUGGACUUGCCACUUUCCUCAGAGGAGUGCUGCUCAUCAUUCCCUUCAUUUUCCUCACCAAGCGUCUCCCCUUCUGCCGAGGCAAUGCAAUUCCCCACACUUACUGUGACCACAUGUCUAUGGCCAAGUUAUCCUGCGGCAACAUCAAGGUCAAUGCCAUCUAUGGACUGAAGGUAGCCCUCCUGAUUGGGGGCUUUGAUAUCCUGUGUAUCACAAUCUCCUACACCAUGAUCCUGCGGGCAGCGGUCAGCCUCUCUUCAGCGGACGCUCGGCAGAAGGCCUUCAGCACUUGCACUGCCCACAUCUGUGCCAUUGUUUUCUCCUAUAGCCCAGCCUUCUUCUCCUUCUUUUCCCAUCGCUUUGGGGGCAACAUUAUCCCUCCAUCAUGCCAUAUCAUUGUGGCCAACAUUUACCUGCUCCUUCCUCCCACUAUGAACCCUGUGGUCUAUGGUGUGAAAACCAAGCAGAUACGAGACUGUGUUCAAAGGAUCCUUUCUGUUUCUAAGGACAUAACAUCCCAUGGCAUAUAA